AACAAAUCCAAUCCCAAAAAAUUUCCCCAAAACUAACCAAACUUUUCUUUCUUUCCUCUCUCUUUCUAUAGAAAGAGAAAGCAACCAAAACACAAACACACACACACACACACACAGACACACACAGAAAAAAGAAAACAGAGAGAGAGAGAGAGAUUUGGGGACGAAAUCGAUGAAAGAGCCAUCGGAGAAGACGAAGGUGGUGGUACGGCACCUCCCUCCAUCGCUCACGCACUCCGAUCUCUCCGUCAACAUCGACGAAAAAUUCUCCGGCCGCUACAACUGGUUCUUUUUCCGUCCAGGAAAAUACAGCCUGAAGAAUCAGAGGUAUUCUCGAGCCUACAUAGACUUCAAGAGGCCUGAAGAUGUUUUCGAGUUUGCAGAGUUUUUUGAUGGACAUAUUUUUGUUAAUGAGAAGGGUGCUCAGUAUAAGGUUUUAGUUGAAUAUGCUCCUUCACAGAAGGCCCCGAAGUCAACUACUAAGAAGGAUGGUCGUGAAGGGACCAUAUAUAAAGUAGAUCCUGAUUAUCUAGAGUUCCUCAAAAUUAUUGCAAAGCCGGCUGAGCAUCUACCUAGUGCAGAAAUACAGUUGGAAAGAAAAGAAGCAGAGCAAGCUGGUGCUGCAAAAGAAGCUCCUAUUGUUACGCCACUUAUGGAAUAUAUUCGUCAAAAACGAGCCGUUGAGAGUGGAGUCCAGGGUUCAUCAGUUGGUGGCAAGAUUAGGAGAAGAACUGGGGCUGCAUCCACGAGCAAGCCUGGCUCAUCUAAUACCAAACGAAGCUCUGAGAAGAAAAAGUAUAUAUUGAAGGAAAGUGCCAAGAAUACCACUCAAAAGGACAAGUCAAAUUUCAUUGUAGUGGCUAGGCGAGAGGAUCAAGCAACUACUUCAAGUGGAAAAGAAAUAUAUGAUGAGAGAGGUUCUGUUUCUGGAAUCCCUGUGACUGCUGACUCUGUAAAGAAGAAGUAUCUGCUUCUAAAAGGGAAAGACCGAGGAUUAUCUAACGUUCCUGAGGGUUUGUUACAACAGGGUGUAACAUUGCCGGCUGGUAAUUCUCCAUCUUCAACUGUGCCAAAAGAGAAUCAGAGGCGGGAGGCUGGUGGGAGGUUGAUUAGAAACGUACUUUUAAAUAGUGAUGCUCGUCAUAGUCAAUCUUCAACAGCAGUUCAGCCUCAUCAGAAAAUUCAAAUCUUGAAUUCAGAAAGUGGUAAGCGACCACCACGGCCAGUCAAUGCACGCUUAGGGCCGAAUGGUCUUGUAGCUAAAAAUGAGACAAACUCCUUUGGUUCUGAAGGGGAUACAAAAAGGACUGCAGAUGAUAAGUUUACGAAAAAGGACUUGCAAGGUUUGGGUAAUGUCAGUGAGAAGCAAGAAAAACGUACAAGAAACAGGGAUAGACCUGAUCGUGGUGUUUGGACUCCUCUUCGCCGAUCUGAUGUUUCACAUACGAGUGAUGAGAACUUGUCAUCCUCCAUGUUGCAUCCUACUCAAUCACAAUGUGAUUCAGUUGAAGUUUCCCGUGGAGAAAUGAAAGAUAUUUCUUAUGGAAGUAGGAAUGCAGAGGCUACAGCCACUAUGAGUGGACGUAAUAAUUCUGUUGAGAAUGGAUCCCAAAGACAUUUUGGUCGUCGUGGAGCUGCCCACAUAACGAAGGAUGAUGGCUCUGUUAAUAUGAGUGAGGGGAAAUCUUCUAGAAGAGGUGUUAGUGGCCAUAGUGCUCAUGAGAAACAAGUUUGGGUGCAGAAGCCAUCUUCAGGUUCUUAGAAUACUAAAAUUUGGUGUGUGGCAUUCUGUAAGAGCAAUAAUUCAUCAUGUGUCCAAGGACCGUAUCUGUUACCACAGGCUAAGGCCUCCAUUGAAGACAUCGUAUAGACGACAUUCCAGAAUGAUGAUUUUAUGGUUUUGCCAAUUGUAGGACCAAUUAUGCUUGUGGAAAUUUCUUACGGUACAGGGACCUGAUUUGCACCCCCAACGGGAAAAGUACAGGCAUGCUCAUUCAGAAAAAUGCCGAGUUAACAUAUCCAAGUGACGCAAUACCCAAGUUGGAGAAGGAUUUGAUUUCUUCACUAUGUAAUUUUCAUUAUUCUGACGCAUAUCUCAAAAGGAAAAGUAAUAGUGUGUGGUAUGAAAGACGAAAAUUUGUGGUAUUUUGACCCAGACGGUAUGUCAGAACUGUCUUCACCUUAAUGUAUCAUAUGAUGAUAGUAACCAAAGAACUUGGAUGGAUUAUGAAGGUGUUGUUUUGACUCAUUUUGGUAUGGAAAUAUGGCAAGCAUGUUCUAACGUACAA